UGUCAAGUGUCAAACAAAUGCCAUUUUUCAACUGUCAAUAGAUUAGUUGCUAGGUAAAAAGUAUUAUUUUCUUUGAUAAAUUGCUAAUAGGUAAACAUUAUAGAUAGUUCAAUAAGAUAGUCGAAAUGGAUGUUGGAGAACUUCUCUCAUUUAAACCUGUACCGACGCCGAAACGACCAAAUGAAGAAGAACAGGAAGAUUCUGAUGAUGAUAACAACUACACCUCGAAAAUACGACGCCUAAACAAGAACACAAUUGAUCGUUUAUCACAGUCUUAUACAACAAUCCUUCCUAAAGAACCUACGAUUACAGAUAAAGAAAGAGAAGACAUAUUAAAAUUUGUUGAAACCGAAGUAACUGAGGGUGAAGUGCUAGAUGAAACUGCUGUAAAAAAGUUAGUUCUUAAUUUUGAAAAGAAAGCCCUCAGAAACAGAGAAAUGCGAAUAAAAUUCCCAGACCAGCCAGAGAAGUUCAUGGAAAGUGAAAUAGAUUUAUUUGAAGCAUUGCAGGAAUUAAGUGCGGUGGCUACUGUGCCUGAUCAGUACCCCCUGUUGGUAGAGUUAAAAUGUAUUAACUCUCUAUUAGAAUUGUUGUCGCACGACAAUACUGAUGUCUCUACAAAAGUUGUAAAUUUAUUGCAAGAGUUGACGGAUGUAGAUAUUUUGCAUGAGAGUGAGGAGGGGGCUGAGGAGUUGAUCAAUGCUCUGGCGGAGGCUGAAUGUGCUGCAUUACUGCUGCACAACCUAGCGCGCCUUGAUGAACAAGUGCCAGACGAGAGAGAUGCAGUCCACAAUACUUUAGGUAUUAUUGAAAAUAUAACAGAAUUUCGCCCUGAACUAUGUACUGAGGUUGCCAAGCAAGGUUUUAUACAGUGGAUACUUAAAAGGCUAAAAGUAAAGAUUCCAUUUGAUGGCAACAAAUUGUAUGCGAGUGAAAUUUUAUCAAUACUUUUACAAAAUACUCCCGAGAACAGGAAGUUACUGGGUGAACUUGAUGGAAUUGAUGUUUUAUUACAACAAUUGGCGUUCUACAAACGCCACGACCCAAGUGGGGCUGAGGAACAAGAAGCUAUGGAAAACAUGUUCGAUUCACUGUGCUGUGCUCUCAUGGAGCCUGCCAACCGCGAUCGAUUCCUACGGGGCGAGGGCUUGCAGCUAAUGAAUCUUAUGUUAAGAGAAAAGAAAAUGUCUCGGAACGGCUCAUUGAAAGUGUUAGAUCACGCCCUGGCGGGGUCUGAUGGUCGGGACAACUGCAACAAGUUUGUUGACAUAUUGGGACUGCGAACAGUAUUCCCACUGUUCAUGAAGACGCCGAAGAGAAAAAGAAUACUCACUGUCGACCAGCAUGAAGAGCAUGUCGUUUCAAUUAUUGCGUCAAUGUUGCGCAACUGUCAGGGGAGCCAGAGACAAAGGCUCCUGGCGAAGUUCACCGAAAAUGAUCUGGAGAAAGUUGACAGACUUUUAGAAUUGCAUUUCAAAUAUAUGGACAAAGUUGAUCGUACUGAAAAAGAGAUGGAGGCGGAAGGUGAAGACUUAGACGACGAAGCACAAUAUUUAAAAAGGCUAUCCGGCGGAUUGUUCACUCUGCAAUUAAUCGAUAGGAUUAUUUUAGAGGUAUGCACGGCGGGACCACCCGCGGUUAAGCAGCGAGUGCAACGCGUGCUGUCACUGAGAGGCGGUUCCUUGAAGAUUAUUCGUCACGUUAUGAGAGAGUAUGCUGGUAACUUAGGAGACGCUGGUAGCGAUGAGUGGCGCCAACAAGAGCAACAGCAUAUAUUACAACUUGUCGAUAAAUUUUGAUCACUUUUUGUUUGUAGGAAUAAACUAAUUAAAUUUUGUGAACUUUCAAAUA